AUGCCGCCUCCCACCCAGCAUCUGCUGCUCUCGCCCGCCGAGCUCGCCUACAUCCACUCCUCGCUGUCCGUCGACCCGCCCAUCCGCCCCGACGGCCGCAGCCCGACCCAGUUCCGCCCGCUCGUCGCCGAGACCGACAUCCUCCCCGGCGCAAACGGCAGCGCAAGGAUAUGCUUCGCCGACGGCACCGAAGCCAUUGUGGGCGCAAAGGCUGAGGUUGAGAAGAGUGCGUGGAAGCCGGGUCAGCAUGAAAUUGACCUUGCCGACGCCGACACGGCCGACGACGAGGCCCGCCGCUCGAGAGGCAUGGGCGAGAACGCAUGGGUGGAGAUGAGCGUCGAGAUCCCCGGCUACCGCGAUGACGACCCGCUGCCAGUUUUCCUCGCCGCCAUGUUGACCGAGGCUCUGCUGGCAGACGGUCAAUUGCGGGACCGUCUGUUCAUCAACCGCCGUUUCCACUGGAAGCUCUACAUUGAUAUCCUUCUCCUCUCUCCGCCGCUCUCCUAUCCCCUUCCUCUGCUCUCUCUAACCACCCACCUCGCCCUCCUCUCCACCCGCCUCCCCCGCCUGAAAUCCGAGCAAGAUGAAGACCCGCUCUUCGAUGACGACUGGGCCGCCAGCACGCUCCUAUACCCCCGCCACAACAGCUCCACCGCCCCCAUGAACCGGCCGCCCAUCACUCUCCUUGUCGUCGCCGUCGGCUCCAACAUCAUCUUCGACCCCUCCAAAGAAGAACUCGCCGUCGCCGAAGCCGUCAUAGCCCUGUCCGUCGGCGAGCAGGUCACCACCGACAACAAAACCAAAGCCCCCGCCCUCCGCCUCCACGCCAUCCGCACCAUCGACCCGCCAUCGCGGCUCACGCCCCCCGGCGUACCCAACGCGCUCAACAGCGCGACCGGCGGCGUCGCGCCCACGUCGAGCGCCGAGGCCAUCGCCUUGCGCGAAGGCAUGCAGACACCUGGUGUCUGGACCCCGCCGCGUGGGGGUGUCAAGCGCGGGCUUGUCGCCCGCGUCAUCAAGUUAGCCACGCAAGAGGGUGGCGUGGCUGAGGAGGUGCUGGCGGCGCUGGAGGCGGUCGGGAAAUGA